GUAAAUAGAAGUAUCUAAAAUGAGGAGUGUAAUUAGAUACGGCCAAUGGGCAAUGUAACGAAAACGUGUCGCGCCAGUUCAUCUCUCUCAUUAAACAAUAAAUAAACUACGUAGUAUAUCUUAUAUUUAAUUUCCUAAAUAAAUGUACGGUGGACGGAGUAAUUAUUCGGAUUUGUUUUUUGUUAUUCAAUUCCUUCCUUCAUUUUCGCCCAAAAUUUCUCUAUUUCUUGGCGCAAUUUUCCAACCUUUUUUAACCCACCAAUAAUAAUUACAGUAUCUAAUAAGCUUCCCUCCUUGCAAAUUCUCCAAACCCCCAAAUUCUAGGGUUUUCAUUUUACUUUUACCUUUGGAAUUUCUCGAUUUUGGGGCUAAAUUUUGGUAACAACUCGAAAAUUAGGGGUAAAAAAAUGAGCUUUCAAGAUCUAGAAUCGGGUCCCCGUCGGGGCUAUAUGAACGGCAAGCAAGACCCGACCCAAGCUGUGGCUUCGGGUAUUUUUCAGAUCAAUACCGCCGUAUCGACGUUUCAGAGGCUCGUUAAUACCCUAGGUACCCCUAAGGAUACCCCCGAGCUACGUGACAAGUUGCACAAGACAAGGCUACAUAUUGGGCAAUUAGUAAAAGAUACUUCUGCGAAACUUAAGCAAGCCAGCGAAACAGAUCAUCGAGCUGAAGUCAGUGCUAGCAAGAAAAUUACCGAUGCUAAACUUGCUAAAGAUUUUCAAGCUGUAUUGAAGGAGUUUCAAAAAGCUCAACGGCUUGCAGCUGAGAGGGAAACAGCAUAUACACCUUUCAUUUCCCAAGCAGUUCUUCCUUCUAGUUACACAGAAGGUGAGAUAGGUGUCACUUCAGAUAAAGGUCAAGAACAGCGAGCUCUCCUUGUGGAAUCUAGAAGACAGGAGGUUUUGCUUUUGGACAAUGAGAUUUCCUUUAAUGAAGCUAUAAUAGAGGAACGAGAUCAGGGAAUACAAGAAGUACAACAACAGAUAGGUGAAGUGAAUGAGAUUUUCAAGGAUCUUGCCGUGCUUGUUCAUGAACAAGGAACUAUGAUUGAUGAUAUUGGUUCCAACAUUGAGAAUUCUCAUGAUGCAACUUCACAAGGGAGAUCACAACUUGCUAAAGCUGCAAAGACUCAAAGAUCAAAUUCAUCUCUGACCUGCUUACUCCUGGUGAUUUUUGGAAUCGUGCUCCUUAUUGUUAUCAUAGUACUUGCAGCCUGAUCUGAAGAUUCUGAGAUAUAGGAAAGGAUCCUAAACUCUGUUCAGCAGUGAAGAUGUCUUUGCGGUUCAAGAAGUUUGAAGGCUCAACCACCUGCGUAAAAUUGUGCUGCUUCGAAUCUUUGGUAUUUCGAAAAAAAAUACCGUCAAAUGAAGUAUUUCAUCUGUGGAGGGAGGGGGAUGCAGAGUUUGUGUUUAAUAUUGUAAAUUUGGUGUUUGGAUUGCAAAGUAUAUUGCUGUUUUGUAAUGGCACCACAACAGGUUUGUCAAUAAAAAAUGGUUCUUUGAA